GAGCAAUCUGAUUCCACUCUGCUUGCUUCCCGCGAAAAAAUGACAGCCAAGCAAGCACUGCAAUCGUAUUAUCUACCAGUCAUCGCAAGUCAUCGCAAGAACAACCACGACAGUCAGAAGCAAACCCACUUUGCUAUUGUCAUGCAACAAAUUGCCAGGUUCAUCGCCGCUCUUCUUUCAGGCUACUUCUUCGCUUCCUUCCAGGUCAGCCGUAGCGAAAUGCAGCGGCGGCGAUAAUUUGAAGUAUGCGCUCAGCGGGAUGGUGGGGAAGCAAGUAGAGGAACUACUGGGGAAAGAAGAGAACAAAGGGCUGCUGGAUGAAUUGGAGAAGGCUUCAGAGAGAGUAGAAAUCGCAAGAAGAGAGCUAGCAGAGAUUGAAAGACAGGAGCUUGGGGCUAAACAAGUUAGGGAGUAUGUAAACCAGCUUGAAACCAGAGCUUCCGAGAUCGAAGAAUGUCUGCAAGAGAUUUCCGCGGCAAAAUCCUUGGUAGAAGAAGCAGAGAGAUCCCUGUCAGGUGGUUCACAGAAUGAAGCAACCCGAAAUCCCAAUUUCUCGACCAGACCCGAUAGAACCCUAAUCAAAGGUUCUAUCAGAGUAUGUGCAAUUGUUGGGACACUGGCUGGGCUCCCUGUUUCUUUAGCACAGGUGACUAGUUACGAGCAGCUGUUGCUUCCACUGGCAGUAACCUUCUUUAGCUGUGCAUUGUUUGGAGUAACCUUCCGAUACGCAGUGCGAAGAGAUUUAGAUGAUUCCAACCUCAAGACAGGGGCCAUUGCUGCAUUUGGCUUCGUGAAAGGGCUUGGUAGGCUUUCUGGAGGAGCACCAUUGGAACUCAACCCAGGAAGCAUCUUGUCUCAUGGUAUCGAUGGUGCAGUAUAUGUAUCGCAGAGCCUGCUGGUGUUCGGCUUUGCUGCUGUUAGUCUGGAUUACUGCUUCAAGGUAGGGCUUAUAAGUCCAUUUCCUUUGAAAGCAUCUCCUUCAGAAAACAAGGCAGAGUAAGCACAAAGCUCCAAGCAUUCUGUGAAACUGGUAGCUUUUGAUGAGACCCACAGAUGGAGAAAACCAAGUUCUCUUGUUCUAGAAAAUCAAUCUGCCAUCAACCAAUUAGUCGUUUCAAACACAUUUAUCCAUCAAUGUGUAGAGAGACAAAUCAGGAGCACCGUUGCAGUUAUAAGAAGUUAGUGUUUGAUUCUCAACUCUUAAGUCUUAACAUGUUCUUGAAUUAGUCCCAGUCGCCGUGUGAGUCAUCAUGAUGUUCAGAGGGCUUCUUCUUCUUUACAGUAUCCCGCCUCCCACCAAAAUCAGUUGGCAGGUUUCCAUGCCCUUUCCUACCCUGCAAUCAUUGUUCAGCACCCAAGAUUAUAUAAUUAUGGCAUUGCAAGAGAAUCUUCAAUGUGAUAACAUGAAACUUCAGAGCAGCCAC